AUGGUUCCGAUUGGUGGUUCGGUGUCGAGAGAAACGGUUAAAAGGGACUGCGACCUGAAGAAAAGUAUCAGUCAACGUUCAGUUCACAUCCGAGCAAGUUGUCCAACACUAUUUCCAACAUUCAAAAUGACAGGACGAGGCAAAGGAGGAAAAGGUCUGGGAAAAGGAGGCGCGAAACGUCAUCGUAAAGUGCUCCGUGAUAACAUCCAGGGAAUCACCAAGCCCGCUAUCCGUCGGUUGGCUCGCCGAGGCGGUGUUAAACGUAUUUCCGGUUUGAUCUACGAAGAGACCCGCGGAGUUCUGAAGGUAUUCCUGGAAAACGUGAUCCGUGACGCAGUCACAUACACCGAGCACGCCAAGAGGAAGACCGUCACCGCCAUGGACGUCGUGUACGCUCUCAAACGACAAGGUCGUACUCUGUACGGUUUCGGAGGUUAA